AUGGGCCAAUUGGCACACGACAAAGCCGAACGGUCCACUAGAACUUUCGGGGCUAACACGGAGAAAAACUCGAAGGAAGAAUGCAAGGCAGUGCUGACUCGAGGGCAGAAAAAAGGCAAGGAGGAAGGUAAGGUUGAAGAAAAAGACCAGCCAGAGGAAGAAAGGACAGAGACACCAGAAGAAAGGACAGGAGAAGAAGAGAAGGUGGCAUCACCACCUAAAACCAAGAGCCAGAAAGCAAGAGAAGCCAAGAAGGAAGAACCACCAGCCCUACCACAAGAUCUCCCAUAUCCUGUGGUACUCACCAAGAAGAACAAGGAACGCUACUUCAGACGUUUCUUGGAAAUAUUCAAAGGGCUGGAGAUCACUAUGCCAUUCGGGGAAGCCUUACAGCAGAUGCCCCUCUACUCCAAAUUUAUGAAGGACAUCCUCACCAAGAAGGGGAAGUACAUUGAUAAUGAGAAUAUUGUGGUAGGGGGUAACUGCAGCGCUAUAAUACAGAGGAAGCUACCCAAGAAGUUUAAGGACCUCGGAAGUGUUACCAUUUCGUGCACUAUAGGGAAGGAAACGGUGAACAAGGCCCUCAUUGAUUUAGGAGCAAGUAUCAAUCUGAUGUCCUUAUCAAUGUGUAAAAGAAUCGGGAAUUUGAAGAUAGAUCCUACCAAGAUGACGCUUCAACUAGCAGACCGUUCGAUUACAAGGCCAUACGGGGUGGUAGAAGAUGUCCUAGUCAAGGUACGCCACUUUACUUUUCCGGUGGACUUUGUCAUAAUGGAUAUCGAAGAAGACACAGACAUUCCCUUCAUCUUAGGCAGACCUUUCAUGCUAACUUCCAAUUGUGUGGUGGAUAUGGGGAAUGGGAACUUGGAGUUGAGUAUUGACAAUUAG